AUAGCCUUUGGACCCAAGAAUCGCUCAAUUGGUGCUGCAGCUAAAAGCCAGGUUAUUUCAAAUGCAAAGAAUACAGUACAAAGUUUUAAAAGAUUUCAUGGUCGUGCAUUCUCAGAUCCCUUUGUUCAAGCUGAAAAAGCAAGCCUUGCCUAUGAACUUGUCCAGCUGCCAACAGGCUCAACUGGUAUCAAGGCCAUGUAUAUGGAAGAAGAAAGAAACUUUACUAUUGAACAGGUGACAGGAAUGCUUCUUACCAAAUUAAAAGAGACUGCUGAGAAUGCGCUUAAGAAGCCUGUAGUUGACUGCGUUGUUUCGGUUCCUUGUUUCUACACAGAUGCAGAAAGGAGAUCUGUGAUGGAUGCUACACAGAUUGCUGGUCUCAACUGUCUGAGACUAAUAAAUGAAACAACUGCAGUUGCCCUUGCAUAUGGAAUCUAUAAGCAAGACCUGCCUGCCUUGGAAGAGAAGCCACGGAAUGUUGUUUUUGUGGAUAUGGGGCAUUCUGCAUUCCAAGUUUCUGUUUGUGCAUUCAACAAAGGAAAACUGAAAGUUCUUGCUACAUCAUUUGAUACAACACUUGGAGGCAGGAAGUUUGAUGAGGUGUUAGUUGAAUACUUUUGUGAAGAAUUCGGAAAGAAAUAUAAACUAGACAUAAAGUCAAAGAUUCGUGCGUUGUUGAGGCUAUACCAGGAAUGUGAAAAACUGAAAAAAUUGAUGAGCGCUAAUGCCUCUGAUCUCCCGAUGAACAUAGAGUGCUUCAUGAAUGACAUAGAUGUCUCUGGAACAAUGAACAGAAGCAAAUUCUUAGAGAUGUGUGAUGGACUCCUUGCAAGAGUAGAACCACCCCUUCGCAGUGUGCUGGAGCAAGCCAAGUUAAAGAAGGAGGAUAUUUAUGCAGUAGAGAUAGUUGGUGGUACCACAAGGAUCCCUGCUGUAAAAGAGAAGAUCAGUAAAUUUUUUGGCAAAGAACUCAGUACCACUUUGAAUGCAGAUGAGGCUGUUGCACGAGGUUGCGCGCUGCAGUGUGCUAUUUUAUCCCCGGCUUUCAAAGUGAGAGAAUUCUCUAUCACAGAUCUGAUACCAUAUCCUAUUUCUUUACGAUGGAAUUCACCAGCAGAGGAAGGGUUAAGUGACUGUGAGGUCUUUCCCAAGAACCAUGCUGCUCCAUUUUCGAAGGUCCUCACGUUCUACAGAAAGGAACCUUUUACCCUUGAGGCGUACUACAGUUCUCCCAAGGAGCUGCCUUACCCAGAUCCUGCUAUAGCUCACUUCUUGGUUCAAAAGGUCACUCCGCAAACAGAUGGAUCCAGUUCAAAAGUGAAAGUCAAAGUUAGAGUAAAUAUCCAUGGUAUCUUCAGUGUUUCAAGUGCAUCUUUAGUGGAGGUUCAUAAGUCUGAUGAGAAUGAAGAGCCUAUGGAAACAGAUCAGCAUGCAAAAGAGGAAGAGAAGAUGCAAGUAGACCAGGAAGAGCAACAAAAGACUGAAGAACAACAGCAGUCUCAACCUGAGAAUAAGGCAGAGUCUGAGGAAAUGGAGACUUCUCAGGCUGACUCAAAAGACAAGAAAGUGGAUCAACCGCCUCAAGCCAAGAAGGCUAAAGUAAAGACUACUACGGUGGACCUUCCCAUUGAGAAUCAGUUUAAAGAUAUGCUGAACUUAUUCAUUGAGAAUGAGGGUAAAAUGAUAAUGCAGGAUAAGCUAGAGAAAGAGAGGAAUGAUGCCAAGAAUGCAGUGGAAGAAUACGUGUAUGAUAUGAGAGACAAACUCUGCGGUAUUUAUGAGAAAUUCGUUAGUGAAGAUGAUCGAAAUAGUUUCACACUGAAGCUGGAAGAUACAGAAAAUUGGCUUUAUGAGGAUGGUGAAGACCAACCCAAACAAAUUUACAUUGAUAAAUUGGCAGAACUGAAGACUCUGGGUCAACCUAUUCAAGCAAGAUUUCAAGAAUCAGAGGAAAGACCAAAAGCAUUUGAGGACUUAGGGAAGCAAAUUCAACAGUACAUGAAAAUUGUUCAUGCAUUCAAAGCAAAGGAUGAACAGUAUGACCAUCUAGAUGAAGCAGAUGUUGGGAAAGUAGAGAAGAGUGCAAAUGAAGCUAUGGAGUGGAUGAACAAUAAACUUAAUCUUCAAAACAAGAGAAGUCUUACUUUGGACCCAGUUAUAAAAGCUAAAGACAUACAAGCUAAAACUAAAGAAUUGACAAGUAUUUGUAAUCCUAUAGUCACAAAACCCAAACCCAAAGUCGAACUCCCGAAGGAGGAGCAGAAGCCAGCUGAGCCCAAUGGACCAGUGGAAGGGCAGGGAGAAGCUAGCGGCGGGUCCCAGGCUGCCGAGCAGAGCGCUGCUGCCCCUGACCCGGCAGCCACGGAGAAGAAGCUUCCCGAAAUGGACAUUGACUGAAUCUCAGCACUUGUUUAUAUUACUGCAAACUACAAAUAAAGCUUUAAGUUGUUGA